AUGGACUCCAAAUGUCAACGCGUGGAACUAAAUGAUGGUCGUUUCAUUCCUGUGUUGGGCUUUGGUACUGCUGUACCACUAGAUUUUCCUGUGAGUAAGGCUAAGGAGAUCACGGAAAUAGCCAUUGAGGCUGGCUUUUGUCAUUUUGAUACUGCUUCUGUCUAUCAAAAUGAAGAUCAUGUGGGAGAAGCCACCCGAAGCAAGAUUGCUGAUGGCACUGUGAGGAGGGAAGAUACAUUUUUCACAUCAAAGCUUUGGUGCAAUAGCCAUCGCUCAGAAUUGGUGAGCUCUUCUUUGGAACGGUCACUGAAGAAACUUCAUUUGCACUAUGUGGACCUUUACCUCAUUGAUUACCCAAUGGCCCUGAAACCAGGAGAAGAUCCGUUCCCAGUUGAUGAACAUGGAAAAUUAAUAUUUGACACAGUGGAUUUCUGUGACACCUGGGAGGCCAUGGAGAAGUGUAAGGAUGCAGGAUUGGUCAAGUCCACUGGGGUGUCCAACUUUAACCGCAGGCAGCUGGAGAUGAUCCUGAACAAGCCUGGACUCAAGUACAAGCCUGUGUGCAACCAGGUGAGAAUCUUGGCCUUCUCUUCCCUUUGUCCAUUCCCUUGUUUCCCUUCUUGCCAUUGGUUGAUAGGUACUCUUCUGGUAUUCAUCUUAGCUUUGUGGAAUGGCAUGAGCCUAU